GAAACCGAACACAGUCAAUUUUGGAGUUCAGCCAAAAACAAUAGAUUUUUUUUAUUCCGUAUUUCCUUGUUGCGUAGACGUUGUCUCAGAACUGACUUGCACAUUCCAGGAUCGAGUCAAGCUAGCAUAUAAAAGGGUGGCACGCUGUUAUGCUCAGCAUCCCCCAUCACCGCUGCAAAGAUGGCGUUUUCUCUUCACGUGUUGGUUCUCCUUUGUGGGCUCAGUGGACUGUUGACUGGAGCAUGGGCUUGGCCAAGCAGGAACCGAGCUCUUUGCUGUCCUAAGGGCUGGGAUCAGUUUAAUGAUCGCUGCUACAUCUACCAAGAUGAAGCCAGGACUUUUGCAGACGCAGAGCGUAUCUGCAACAUUCUGGGUGGGAAUCUGGCUUCAAUCAGCGACGAGCUGGAAAAUGCAGUCGUUUAUCACCUGGUUGAGGAGGCGGGUGCGAAUCAAGCCUGGAUUGGACUCAGUGAUGCCAUUGAGAAUGACGAAUAUUUUUGGACUGAUGGCGUAAAGUUUGUGUUUGAGAACUUUGCUUCGGGCGAGCCUGGCGCCGAUGAAUGUGUGGCCAUUGAAGCUGCAGGGGGUGAAUGGGUUGGUGAGUCGUGCGACACCGAGGAGCCGUACGUUUGCGUCGCAGACGCCGAAUGUUACAAACACUGAUCAUCCCUCUUACCAUGGUAUCUUCUUGAACAGUGACUGGACUGAGACAAUAUCUAACUUUAGUGCUUUUCUAUCACCGUUUUCUGUUCUUCUUCUACAAUGUAAGUAGAUAAUCUCUCCACCCAAUAAAGCAUCAAGCAUCGA